GCGUACCAAUGCAGUGCCUCGCGACCGAAGCACGGCCCCGACGUCGCUCUUUUUGACAACGCGCAUGCGACGCUUCCUCUUGGUGCGUUUCCAGCCCGUGAGCUACCAAUUAAAGCGGUACUUUGUCCUCACACAAAACGUUCUCUCGUACGAAGAGUGCGACCGCAACGGUCGACCGCUCGACCGCGUCGAUAUUCCCGUCUCCAGUAUCAACGCCGUGCGACUCGGUGGGGCGUCCCACGCACGCCUCGACACCCGCGCGUCCGCGAUCGACGUCAUCACAGCACACAAUGGGACGCUUCAGCUCCGCCCCGAGUUGGCGACCGAUUGGGGGGCGUGGGCGCAGGCGCUGUGCAGUGUGGUGCCAUCGCGCUGCGUCGACCCCGCCUUGCGGGACCGCUUUCAACUACCCGACGUCGACCAUGUGGAUGUAUCGCUCUUGCUGCUUGCCGACGACACGGUCGGUGACGCCGUCGACACUAUUGUACACGCCUACCACAGCCGCCUCAACGCUCCGCUGCGGACCGACUGUGACAUGAGCAACUACGUGCUGUGUAUGACGGACAAUGACGUGAGCUUGGCCAAUCGACAGCGCUUGUUGUGCACCUACGAGCACGUGCGCUACUGCAUGGCGUCGUUGCAGCCGCUCCGCGUCACGGUGACGCUCGCCACAGACUACGUGUUAGCGCGUGACGAGACCUUCGUCGAUCCGUACGACGCGUCCAUUUACACAUCAUGUCAGUAGCGAGGUAUCCACAUAACUCGCCACGAAUAUACGAAUAUAUGAUUGG